GCUGUACCGAGGGCACUCGAGGUCCUGCCUCCACGAGCGCGGCUGCUAUUGGUCGGGGUGGCGCCUGGGAGGCCGCGGGUUGGCUGCUGGGGAGGGAGUCGCGAGCCACGGCGGAAGAAGCGGGUCAGAGAGCGCGGCCGUGGCGGACGGCGGAAGUACUAUGGAACGUCUGCAGUCUUGUAGGUUUGGAAGGAUUAAAUCCAAGAUUGGAAAGGCUUUUUCCAUUCCAAAUGAUUUGCUGGCUUAAGCGCUUAAUUAGGAUGGCUUUUGAACAAGUUGGAUUAAACAUGGAAUCAGUGCUUUGGUCCAGCAAGCCUUAUGGUUCAUCUCGGAGUAUUGUAAGAAAAAUUGGUACUAACCUCUCUCUCAUACAGUGUCCAAGAGUUCAGUUUCAGCUUACUUCUCAUGCCACAGAAGGAAACCAUCCUAAUCAACUUAGAGAAGAUGCAGUGGCGUCCUUUGCAGACGUGGGAUGGGUUGCUCAAGAAGAAGGUGAAGUCUCUACAAGGCUCAGGUCAGAAGUUUGGUCAAAAACAGCCCAGCCUUUUUCAGGUGAACUACAUCAUUCUGGAAAGUCCCCGUGCAGACAGAAGCUGUUACCAAACCCAUUGGUAGAAGAACCAGUGUCCAGGAGCACAGUGACUGCAAAUGAAGAAGCUCUGCAGAAGAUCAGCGCUCUCGAAAAUGAACUAGCCACUUUAAGAGCACAAAUAGCCAAAAUUGUCAUCUUGCAAGAACAACAGAACCUGACAGCAGUUGGGUCAAGUCCAGUUGCUUCAGCUGCUGCCCCUAUUGCACCACCGCCGCCACCACCACCUCCUCUGCCACCCCUCCCUCCCCCAGGCCUACAACAGAGUAUGUCUGCAAUUGAGCUCAUUAAAGAAAGGAAAAACAAAAAAAUGAACUCUGGCCAGAAUCUGACAGAAAAUGGGCCAAAGAAGUCUGAAAUACCAAACAUGCUAGAAAUCCUCAAAGACAUGAACAGUGUGAAACUACGCUCGGUGAAAAGAUCAUCAGAAGGUACAAAAGCUAAAGUGGCUGACCCUACAGAUCCUGCAACAUUAAUAGCAGAAGCGCUCAAAAAGAAAUUUGCUUAUCGAUACCGAGAUGAUAGCCAAAGUGAAACAGAAAAAGUGAUUCCAAAGACUGAAACAAAGACUGAGGUGGUGCUGUUCGGACCGCACAUGCUGAAGUCGACAGGAAAAAUGAAGACUUUAAUUGAAAAAUCUUAAUACAUUAAGAUCACUAUGUGAAAGAUCUAAGCUGUUUUGUCUGAAAUUUUUUAUAUUGCAGAUAGCACUAGUGCCAAGUGGUCUCUUACAACACAGGAAAAAAAAACUAAUGUGAAAUGUACAAUUGGGACACUAAAUAUGUGAUUUAUCAAGGGCAGUAAAUUUGACCGUUAUACUCAGGUAUUAAUUUUGUAUUCAAACCUGGCUUUCUACUCAGACUUACAUGGUGGUCUUAAUUUAACACUAAGUUAUAUGUACACAACAUCCUUUGUGCAUAACUGAUCCCUUAAAAAUUUAUGUACAUGUUAAUAAUGAUAGUGAUACACCUUUAAGUUAAUAUCAGUUAUUUGAGCUCUAACUAUGACUUGCACUACAGUUUAUAGUUUGAUACUGAACUUUUCAUGUGAAAGUCUUUCUUUUAAACUUAACGAAUUUUUAGCCCAAAGAAAACCUGAAUGCAUUCUGCUUCCUCCUGAAAGAAAGUUGAAAACUUAAAUCUGCUGCAAAGGUCACCUGGUAUGAGAUAUUUUUAGUAGUAGCACAUUUUUGUGGGGAGUUGGUUGUUUGGUUUUUAUGUGUUCUGGUUUCUUUUGGGGUUUUUUUUGUUUAAAUGAGCUCGCAAGGGUAAGAGAGGAAAAUCUACUUGUAUCAUCUUGUGACUAAUGUAAAGAGUGCGUGACAAGUGAGUAAAUCAUGCUGUGGGAGCCUCUGAAUAGGUAGUCCAGUGACUUUGAGAUAACCAGUAGAUAGCAGCAGAGUCAAAUAAUUAAUGUCAGUGUACGUGUUAACUAGCGUAGAAGCGAUGCAGAUAAGAAAAAAAAGGUAUAAAGUACUGUGAGUGCAAAUUGCCAGAAGUAUAUUGAUCAUCAGCUGUGCUAAGAGAUGUUCACGGAUACCUUUUUAUCCCCAGUUUUCUUGGGUCCCUGGGUAGGUUUCUAGCAGCUGCGGACUGCACAAGCCCUCAUGGCCCUGUUUGCAGGGAACAGAUAGUCAUGAGCUGUUCCACAGAACCCGUUUGCCGGGGAGGCCCUUCCGGGGACUUCCCAGAGCAGCCAUUUGCUGCCAGACCUGCACAUCUUUGUCUGUUCAUUCAUCAGCCACCUGACUGAGCUGAUGUCUCCAGCCAUAGUUGUAUAAAAGGCUCAAGUUAAAAAUAAUUCAGGUUUAGGCAUCAGAAAGCUACACCCUGGCUGCACACUUGAAUGAAGCCAAGGUUUGCUCCGACUGUAGAUGAGGGUGGAAAAAGCCGAGUCCGGCUAUGUCAGUGUUCUAAGCUGACCGGCUGCUUAGCCUCCAGCGAGACCCGGAACAAGUACAAGUGCCUCUUGGAGCUUCUGUUUUCUAGGAAAAGAAAAAGGCAGCACUUCUUAAAUAAAGAUAGCUAAAUGGCUCCGACAAGGUUACCGAAGAUGACCGAAGCUUUGCUGCUUGUGACUGGAACAUAGAGCGUACAACCGAGGAGGAUGUUUUCUGGUGGGAAACUUGAAAGGGUGUUGAUAUGUACACAAUGUAACUUCAUGCCAAAAUGCUCUGCUAUCAGCUAGCCUUACUGAUAGGCUAUUAAAUCUUUGGCGGGUUUUUUAAAUGCCUUUAAAACACCUUUUUGAAAGUUUAUUUUGGUUUCAAGUUUUAUAUUUAAUGCUUUAUUGCCACUAUAUAAAAUUAAAGGCUGUUUAAAAAUAAA